AUGUGGCUCCUCACCCACGACGGCGACCUCACGCAAAAGAAGCGCUACUGGCUGCGCCCCGGCACCUCGCACCUCCUCGGCCGCACGCGCAGCGAGAACGCGGACUUCCACUUCCACAUCGACGCCAAGUCGGUCUCGCGCAAGCACCUCGUCAUCACCGUCCGCGAGGCCGCGGCGUCCACCGCCACCUCCUCCGCGCUCGCCCGCUCCGAAAUCGUCCUGGAGGACUCCAGCAAAUUCGGUACCUGGCUUGACGGCGAGAAGUUCACGGGAUGCGAGCGCGUCAUCGGCGGUGGGAAGGGCUACAAAGGCAGGCACGAGAGCCACGAGAUCAGGCUUGGGAACUGGAACGUCGCGUGGCGGCUGGAAUGGCAGCCGGUCGUGCUGACGGCGAGCUUUGGCGGCGGCGGGGCCAGCGGCGGCAGCAAGAAGAAGAAGAAAGGCAACAAGAGCGAGGUCUCGUCCGAGGAGCUGCGCGAGCGCCUCGCGCCGUUCGAUAUCGCGGUCGUGCCUGAGUAUGUGGCCGGCGUGACGACGCAUGUUGUGGCGCCGAAGAGGAAUACGCCGCGCGUGCUGCAGGCGCUGGUUCAGGGCAAGUACGUCGUGUCCGAGGGGUUUGUCGAUGCGCUGGAGAAGGUGGCGCGGAAGGAGGAGGCGGUUAUGGACGCGGAUGGCAAUGAGGAGGUGCCGAGGGCGCCGUUGGAGGAGGACUUUGAUGGCAAUUGGCCGCGGGAGGCGGACUUUGUGCCCCCGACGGCGAAAGAACCGGUGCCUCGUCCUGCCGAGAUGGUCUUACCUGAUCCUGAAAGAGAGACGGUGUUUGAGGGCUAUACUUUCAUCUUCAGCGACCAGAAUCAGUUUGAUCAGCUCGGCCCGGUUGUGGAGCAAGGGACCGGGAAGGCGUUGCUGCGUAAGGUAGAGACGGGAUCUGACGAGACGGAUGGAUUCAUUCGAUUCGUGAAAAAUGCUGCUGGAGAAAAGGAGAUGGACGAGUUUGUAGACGGGAGCCGUGGGAAGGGGGUUGUGGUUGUGAGACUCGCGGAGCCUCGCGGGAACGACGAUGAGUGGUGGAUGCGAUUCUACAACUCUGUUGAUUUGGGAUUGAACCAGCGGAGCAUCAACCAAAACGACUUUCUGGACGCCAUCCUAAUGAAUGAUGCCUCGCCACUAAGGCAGCCCCUAGAACCAGAAUCUGACGACGAAGCCAUUCCUAGCAGCAUUCCGGGGCCGCCACCGUCUACUUCAAUGGGCCCCUCUCAGAUGUCUGUUGUUCCUUCACGAGAGGCACAAACGCAAGCGGCAGAGGAGUCUCCCACAUCUGCAGAAUCGCCAGUCCCGAAGACCACUCGCAAAGGCUUCCGCCGUGCACUCACAGUGUCCAGGUUCAAAGGUAUUGAUGAUUUUGAUCCAGACAUCGUACCGAAGAGGCAGCAUGUGUCAGACGACGAUGACGAGAUGGCAAGUGCUGGAGCUAGUCAUUUCGACGCAUCCCAGAGCUCAGUGGCACAAUCACAACAACCGGGUGCGUCACAGGCUCGAACAAGAGCCACAAGAGGAAAGAAGAGGCAGCUUGAGCCAGCGGAAGUCUUGGAAAUUUCAGACGACGAUUACGGAAAUGCUACCGACAAGCUUUUCCCUGCUGCAUCUGCCAUGAAAAGGAGAAAACUGGAACAGCAGCUUCAAGACGCAGCUAUGGAGGACAUACCUGAAGCGUCAGAAGACUCACCACGCAAGUCUGCUAAAAGGUCGUCUCUCAUCGUACCUUCAGAAUUGCGCAAGUCAAGGCCAGAGAAAGAUUUCGACGCCAAACAAAUCAAACAAAUGGCACGAGAGCGCCGUGAGAGGGAAGAUGAACAGCAGAGGCAGGCUGAAGAAGACGCCCUGCGGGAAGUACUAGAGGGCAUGGACAUCGAUGAGAUGAAGAAGCUAGCCAAAGUUGAGAUCAUGGAGAUUCGUCCGCGGAAGAAGCCAGUUCAAGCCGAGGCAGACAAUGACGAUGAAGAUCGUUGGAAGCCGGAGUGGAACGGCCGUAAGAAUUUCAAGAAGUUCCGAAAGAGGAGGCCAGGCGACAAUGACGGCGAUGCACAAGCCCCUCUUCGUUCCCGGCGGGUCAUCGUUACUCUCGAAGAGGUACGGCCCCAGGACAUGGGAUUCAACGCGCAGGAUGAGUUCAUGCUCGACAAUACCAGCACUUUCGACAGCAUCCGCACUCGACCGCGCGCCGGCAGGUCCGCUGGUCAAUCAAGCAGAAGCAUCGGCGGUGCCUCCAGCCAUCCAGCCGACACGGACGACGACGACGACGAUGAGAACAGCUUCAGACGGCGGACCGCCCGCCACAGCAGGCCCGGCUCCCAGCAACAACGAAGCGGUCCCGCCAGCGCCAUCGUCAUCAACUCUGAAGACGAGGCCGAGAUGCAAGACCUCGACCCGGAGGAGAUCGCCGGCCGGCCCCGCAACGAAAGCAUCGCAUCCGCCCUGUCUUCAGCCUCCAACACCCGACCCGGCAGCAACGCCGAGGACAACAGGAGCGGGAGAGCUGCCACCACCACCUCCAAUCUCCCUCCUACCUACGCGACGGCCGUCGCCAGCGACAAGCCCCGCGGUCCGCCGCCGCCGCUGUACUCGCAGCGCGCUCCGUCGCCGGCGCUGAGCAGCCAGACGUUGGCGGAUGAUGGCGCUGGUGGCACGUACAGCACGCAGCGGCGGGGCAGCAGGGCGAGCGCGGCGAGUGGAGCUAGCGCUAGCACGGCGGCUACCGCGACGACGAGGGGAGCGGCGUCAAGCAAGAGAGGCGCGAUGGGCCCGCCUGGUCCGUCGGCGGAGCAGCCGGCGGCGAAGAAACAGAAGAAGGGGACCGCGGCCAAGGGCAAGGGCAAGGGGAAGAAGGGCGGCGGUGGGCAGCAGGUGGUGGUGCCGAAGGCGGAGUUGGGGAAGGGGCUGGGGAAGCCGGAGGAUGAGGAUGAGAAUGAAGAGGGGAGUGAUGAUAGUGGGGAUGAUUUGAAGUUUAGGAGGAGGCGGGGGUGA